AUGUGUCCGACCGGACGAAUCUCCGAGCGAGGCUUGGAAGUGCGCACCCCUGAUGGCAAGUGGAUCUCGGCUCCGGGCAAGGACGCGGCAACGCCGUGGGAUGCCUUAGAAAAGGAGGGCGCUGUGGUGUUGAAUACGGGUGCCAUGCUGGCGCGCUGGUGUAAUGACUUUGUCAAGGAUCCUUUGCCCGAGUUCACGCGUGUUGAUGCGAAGAAGUACGGGCCCAUCACCGCCGAGGAAUAUCUGCGCCAAUGCCUCAAUGGAUCCUCAGAUGCCUUUAUUGGUAUUGCUGAGUCAAUUGGAUUCAGAGUUGUGUCUCGGAACACUCAGAACACCUUCGAAGGCUUGUUGCUCUUUUGGGCCGAAAAGUAUCCUGUGGACAGUCAGCUGCCCUUCACCUUGGCCAAAGCUGCCUCGGACGCUUCAGCCACACUCCCGGUGCGACAGGCAGCGCUCAAGGCGUUGCUGCAGCUCUUUCUGGCCUACAAGCGCGGUGCCGAGGGCCUUUGUGAUGAGGAGACCUUGGAGUUGGAGACCCACUUGGUGGCCUCCAUCGGAUCCAUCUUGGCCACGCGGCAGGGCACGUACGCGUCGGCAUGCAGCAGGAGCCAGUCGGUGAGUCGAGGAAGGAACGCACGCGUCGGGGGUCUUCUUUUCGCACAUGAUCAGCAGCUAGACGUAGAAUGUGUGAGUCUAAAUGUAUAUAAACCCGAACCAGUGGUAGUAGAAGGAAUAAACGAGAAUUGA